AUGGAGGGAAAGAUGGAGAUGGAAACAGUAUGCCACGACAAGGCCGACUAUAGCCCGGAAUCACAUGAGCACGACAUUGACAACUUUUUUAACGGGCGACGGGAAGGUCAUAAACGAGCGCGAGCGUUGCUCGACUUCGCCCGUCAAGAUGAGGAUGAGUUAGGCUUUCGGAAAAACGAUCUCAUCACAAUAAUAUGCGAGAAAGACGAACAUUGCUGGGUCGGCGAAGUGAACGGGCUUCGGGGAUGGUUCCCAGCAAAAUUCGUCGAGGUUGUUGAUGAGCGAGGUAAAAACUAUACUGUUUACGGCGAUGAGGCAGUAUCACCUGAAAUUACCGAAUACAUUCGAGGACGACUGGCCAACAGCUUUCGACAGGUGAUGGACCAUGGAAUUAUGGAAAGUGUCCUCUAUCCCUCGACAGCCUAUCACCCCUGGUCUUUCAUUGUUAAUUUAACACUGCAAAACCUCACUUGGUUUCAGAUACUUACCCCAGAAGAGCUAUUGUUCCGAUCAGUUCAACUUAUCAACGACUCUCAUAAUGCUGCCAACGCUCAUCCAGACGUGAAGCUAAGGUCACUACUGGUACUCGGCGUUAACGAGCAAUGUUUACAUCUGUGGUUCGAAUUAUUUUGCUCUUCGGAAAACCAAGAAGCGAUACGUUGUAAAUACUAUCAUCCGUGGGCCUUCAUACGUACUCCGGGAUGGCGACAGAUAAAGUGCGACUUGAGGCUUCUGAGCCAAUUCUCAUUCAAUCUCAAUGUAGACUUCGAGAUCGAAGGUAUUGAGAAGAAGAAAAAGAAAUCCGGCGCUGGGAUGAUGUCAAGCGCUAAGAAGAAAAUGCUGUCCACUGUAAUGGCCGGGGAAUUGAAACCGAAUGGUGAGGAACCAUUGAAGAAAGGUGUCACCGAUAUGUUGAUCAAACAUCACUUGUUCAGUUGGGAUUUGUGA